CUCCGUUCGAAGUAAAAAUCGUCCGAGAUAAACAAAAUUUAACUUAAAGAAAAAUAAUCCUAACUUGGCUUAACAUUGUACUUACUUACAAGUUAUAAAUCUAAUUAAUCAUAAAUACAGGAGAUGUUUGCAUAAUUAUCUCUGCAUGGCAAAUGGUUAUUAAAAUAUUUAAACUGCUAAGUCAACAAUUGCAUCACUAAUUUUUAUCUCAUGAAAUUCUUUAAUUUUUUUUAAAAAACACAUAAUCGAUACCGUUUUGUAAUUUUGUUCACUGCGAGAUAAUUUUUUGUGUCUGGUGCACAAUUAACACCUCCAAAUUAUUCCAACCGGUACAAAAUCGCAACGUCAUUAUUUCGAAAAGAGUUUGUCACAUUGAUCAAUCCAAUAGCUAUACAUUUAACAUUUAAUAUAAUUUUUUAAUUAAACACACUCCCAAUGAUAAAGUUUGCAAUUGCGUAAUCAUUGGAUCUGUUUUUGAGACGUCAUGCAUUAUUAACGAUACGCCACUAAGAGAACCAACUCGUUUGCUAGUGCAGUCGACAUUGUAAUAAAGAGUGUGAUGCAGGAAGAGGCAAUCGCUCCGCGGUUGUCUAAAAAGCCGGCGACUAUCAAAUUUAUCGAGCAUGUGCGUAAAAAUCAAUGUUUGUAUGAUCAUAAUGUUAAAAAACAGUACGGUUCUGAUUUUGUUGAAAAUGUUUGGAAGAAAAUUGCUCAAGAUUGUUGUUUGGAAAAUGGAACAAAAGCUAAAAGAAAAUGGAUGUACCUUCGUGCAAGAUAUAAGUGCGGUUUAAUAGACCCAACGAAAAAAUCAAACUAUCACCGUGAUCUAAAUUUUUUAUACUCCUUUGUACAAUCUAUCGACGUCGACGAGGACGAAGAAGUGCAGUUCCUAAUGAAAAAAGAGCCAGAGAAUGAUUACUAUGAAACGAAUGGACGGGGAAACUCUUCUGAGAGAUUAACAUCUUUGGCAUCAAGAAGAAAUAGAUCAAGACAUUUGUCUAAUGAAAAUCGUCUAUCAACAUCCUCCGGUCGUCAAUCAGUGUUUACCGAAUAUAGUUAUCCCUCUGUGCCAAUUUACCCUCCCGGUGGGUCUCUGCAUAUUGACCAUGAAGAUGAGUUGAAGCCAUUUUUUGAAUCGUUGUAUCGUUCCACAAAAAAGCUGCCGCUAAUGCUGCAGAGACAUAUAAAGACCCAAUUUUUUGAAAUAAUCAGUGCCGCUGAAGCGAGUGCAACAAAUGGACGUACUGAGUGAUUGAUAACGAAUUAUAUAGUUUGCAUAUUUUACGUUUGUAGAAAUGAGAAA